AAUGAAUUCAUCAAUUUGGUGGCGUUCCAUAAUUCAGUAUCAACAGAAUAAUCAUCAUUCAUCCAACAACGAGAAGCAAUACCCUCUCUCGGAUCAGGGCUAGGGUUUGAAAGAUUGAUCUGAAAGGAUCGGAGAGAAUUUGAGAAGAAAAUGCGGCGACCGUGCUGUCACACCUUCCUCGCAUUCGUUCUCAAGGUCCUGAUCUUCCUUCAAACCUUCAUUGGAUUCUCCAUCAUUCUGUACUCUGUUUACAUGCUCAAUCAAUGGAACCACCACCACUCCGUGCAUGUUCCACCUACACCUCCGUCCGCCGACUCCAAUUUGGACGCUAGGGUUUCCGAUCACGUCAUCGCUCCCCUGAAUCUUGCUUCCGAUGCGGUUCCCCUGUUCGACCAUGGAAUUGGUCUCAAUUCCCUCGAGCUUCCGGCUCCCUGGUUCAUAUAUGCAUUUAUGGGCUUGGGCAUUGUGUUGUGCUGUGUCACUUGCACUGGCUACAUUGCAGCUGAAGCAAUUAAUGGCUGUUGUCUUUGUUUUUAUACACUACUAAAGGUGGUACUCAUUCUGCUGGAAGCUUUUUUAGUGGCAUUUAUUGCACUUGAUCAACAAUGGGAGAAGGAUAUUCCACCUGAUCCGACUGGAGAACUUGAUAGCCUCCGUGCAUUCAUUGAGGACAAUGUUGAGCUAUGUAGGUGGGUUGGCAUUACUGUGCUCAUAAUCCAGGCACUUUCUCUGCUUAUUGCGAUGAUUCUGCGAGCCAUGGUCUCUACUCAAACAGUGGAUCAUGAUAUUGAAGGGCAUUAUGAUGUACAAAGAGGUAGAAGUUGGGAGCCUUUGCUAAACCCACAAGUUAACCAAACAUCAGGGUCAAAUAAAGGGGCACACUCUGAUAUCUGGAGCUCAAGGAUGAGAGAAAAGUAUGGACUGAACAGUGAUGACGCCAAGCAUAACCUACUAAACCAGAGCACAUCCGUUAAUGCAAGAGCUGAGUAGCAAAGACCAAAGAAGGUAUGUCAUCUUGCAGAGCAGAUAUAAAGGUCAUGUAUUUCUUGUCUAUCUUUGUGGUGCAAAGAGUGCUUCAAGACCUUCCAUUAUUUUUCCUUUCAUUUUUUUUCUAGUCAGUGUACAUAGGGCUUGUGUUGGUUAUGGAAUGUUUGUAUUCAUAUAGUGACAUGAUGCAAGUAAUUUCAUUUUGUGAAAAGGACUUCUCUUUUAAUUCAA